GCACAAGAUGUGCUCUGCUACAUUUCAAGGAUGGGGGAAGCUACAAUCCGUCAAACUCCACCUUCCCCACGGUGUGCCCUGACAUAGGAACACAAAGAGAUGCUGCAUCCUCGUCGUAUCCAGAGGCUGCAGCAAGCAGCAGGGGAGACAGAGCGGUCCUCCUGCAUCUCCCAGCUACCCACGUCAGCAGAGCUCACUCCCAUCCAUCAGGGGGAGGCUCAUGUUUAUUAGUAAGAGAUCAUGCAUUAUGUGGAGGAGCAAAAGGGGGAAGAUGCAUGUCAAAGAAAGGCAUGCCAUGAAUAAUUACACUUUAUAGGCACAAGCCCCCCCUGAUCCAUCUCUGCAUCACUUUCCAGCAAUGACCAGCAUGCCGAUCUCAGUGCCUGCCUGCUGACUCGGCUCGGUGUUGCCUGGGCUCCCCUCGCCCACCCUGCAUCUCCAUCUGACAAAAUCCGUGCCGCAGCUGGAAAAGUGCGAAAGCUGCGUUUACAUUCCUGGAUCGCCCAGCCGCUGCGUCGUUUUAGGGUUGCGAUGGGCUGCGGAGGAAGCAGAGCCGACGCGAUAGAACCUCGCUAUUACGAGAGCUGGACGAGGGAGACGGAGUCCACCUGGUUGACCAGCACGGACACGGAAGUCCCCCCUUCGGGACUGGGGCAUGCGUGCCAGGAGGAGCACGGCUCAGCGGAGUCCGCCGUCAGGGACAAGAGAGGAUCGAUUCACCCCGGAAUUUUAGAAGAUGGAAAGUCCACUCAAACAUGUGUUACAGUGUCAUCCUCAAGCAAAGAAGGGCUUAAAAAAACGAGUUCAGGAACACAGUGUGGAAAACCAAAUGUCUACUCCACAGGAACAAAGACUCAGAAACAGAAGAGCGUAUGCAGAACUACAGAGGCCAAAAGAGACAGCAAACGGAUCCCUAAGAAAGAAGUGACAAUCAACUUAUCAAAAAACAUAAGGCAGAUGGAUACGGACGGGCGCAUUACAGAGAACUGCGUCAAUUAGUGCUGAUCAGAGGAACCCUAGAGGGACACUUUAAGAAUCGUUUGAGCACUUUCAUUACAGAGCUGAACGCCAUUGGGAGAACAGAAUCUUCAGAGAUUUAUCUAAUUAUCUUACAGAGGUGUUUUGGGCUCUUUUGCAAGUAGAUAUACGGAGUGGAUGUUAAAAAUGGAAAAUGAAAUAGAGGGCCUUGAAGGAAAAUCAUUCAACAGCAUUGGGAAGAUGGGAGUACGGCGCACCAUGGCUACAAUCAUAGACAAACUGAGGCACAUUGCAUAUCAUUAGGCUUCUAUAGAUCUUUGUAGUCAAAAGCUUCCUUCAGUGAGCGAAGGGGCGAUGCUCAGAAUUAUGCUAUCAGUAUGAAAAACAAAGCAUCUGAGACUUCUUCCUUUAAUAAAUCUUAUUUAUAUAUUCUGCUUUGCCGUGUCUUAGGGAAACAAUUGCCUGAUAACCAAAAGAGCGGUGCAAGUUUUAUAUUUUUACUAUAUUUAUUUUUGUUUUUGCUGCCCUUUUUGUUCCAGGAGUUAAUAGGAGAGCUUGGUAUUGUGAUUUGACUACUCCUGUAGGUUGCUGUGUAUUUCUCAAUGGCUUGAAUUCUGCAUGCAAUAAAUGACAACCUUGGACGCUAAGCCAAA